AUGGCGGACGCAGAAGAAACACCGGCCCAGCGACAGGCGCGCAUUCGGCGACAGAAGCGUGAAGCCAAAAUCACGGGCACUGCGGCGGAAAGACUGGACAAGAUUACGAGGCUUAGUGGGAGGACUCCGGAAAGCAUGCGAAAUGAAUCGCCCGCGCCAACACCACCUGCCACUUCCACUCCACCGCCGCAGACAUCGGCGCCGCCCGCAGCUGCGACUGCGUCACUGACACCGGAACAAGUGAAUGUGCAGCAGGACUAUUUGAGGGCUAUGUUACGACAGCCGCUACCACAAGAAGGACAAGAACAAGGUCAGACACAACAAGAAGAUCCGAUGUUGAAGAUGUUGCAAGCCAUGAUGGGAGGGAUGGACGGCGCCUCUGACCCAAGCGCGCCGGACGGGAUGGGUGCAAUUCCCGGGCUGUCUCCCGAUGACAUCUCAAAGGCGACGGGCCUUCCUCCCUUUUUGACGAACAUGGUGAUGGGCAACCAGAAGGCUCCACCUAGCCCGGCCGAGAUCCAAGCGACGCGGAUCUGGAAGAUCGUCCAUGUGGUAUUCGCAAUACUUGCAGGGCUGUAUCUGGUGUUCAACAUCCACAACUCCACUCAGACGUAUGGCGAGAAUCCCCCGGCUCCCGCAACGUUCCAGAACCCGUUUAUCGUGUUCUUGACCGGAGAACUGUUGCUGCAAAGUGCAAGGUUAGUAACCAAAGGCGGAUCGGGCAAAAGGGGAAUAGGGCUGUGGAUUCAGAUGGGCAAGGAACUAUUCGGAGAUGGCAUGAUUAUGGUCUUCGGCCUGGGGCUAGCGGCCUGGGUCAAAGGAAGAGUCUGA